CUUACCGGGACCCGGGCCUGGAGGAAGCCGCAGGGCCUCGGGUUGGGAGACUAGCGGCCUCCCUCGCCCUACCCAUCGCCUCAUUUUCUAAUCAAACGGGGCCCACUCCACCCCCUUACCUAGCGAAGCUCACCUGCACCCCACUUCUUUCCCUCCUGGAAGCCCCGGCAUUGCUAGAAAUCAACCAGCAAGCAUUUGUUAGGCACCUACUGGUAUCAAGUACUAGGCUAGACCAAAAAUGAAGCAGCUCUCGACCCAAAGGAAGUUAACGUGCUACAGCAAGGACACAUUUUGUAUAUAUACUGUAUACAGUAUAUGUAUUUUAUAUAAUGUGUGUGUAUGAAAUAAAUACAAGGAAGUUUUUUGAGAAAAGGAACAAUUAAGAGUGUGGGAAUUAAGAAAAGCUUCACGGAGGAAGUGGCUUUUGAUUCUAAGAGGCCAUUUGAAGAACAAGGGCAACGUUCUAAGCUUGGGGGGUGCAUAAUGCCAGAGACCAGGUGUAGUGUAGUGUGUGAGGAGCAGCCCAAGUUAGACUGAAAAGUGUGUGAUGGGGAGUAAUGUCUAAUAAAGCUAGAAAGGUGACUUUCUAGCUAACUUUUCACAGUAUCUACUUUUAUCACAAUCUUUGGGCCAGAUUGGGAAAGACUUUAAUGCUAAAGAAAUUUUUUAUUUGGUCCUUGAAAUAAUAAGAGAGCCACUGAAGUAUAUUGAGUUUAUGAGUAAUAUGGUCAGACGUGGGCUUUAAGAACAUCACUUUGGCAGCUGUGUUGGCGUUUGGAUUGGAGAAGGGAGAGAUUGGAGUCAGGGAAGACUGUUGUAAUAGUUCAGGUGAGAGGUGAUAAGGGCCUUAACCAGUGUAACCUGAGUCUUAUGGAGUCCAUGUAUAAGUGGGAAGAAGGGAAUGUUCAAAAGAGUUACGUAGGUAGGAAGAUGUUGUGGAGAUAGAUUAGCAAACUGGGUUAGAUGGGAAGAAGAGUCAAAGAUGAUGGAGGUUGUGAAACUGAGUGACUAGAAGGAUUAUGGUGCCCUCAGCAGUAUUAGACACCAUGACGACCAUGGAUGAUAAGCUGCUCGGGGAGAAGCUGCAGUACUACUACAGCAGCAGUGAGGAUGAAGACAGUGAGAGGGAGGACAAGAAUAAAGACACUGCAUUAGGUGACUCUGUUCCUGGAGACACUGAGCUGGCCAGGGAUGGCAUCACAGUUAACACAGGUCCAAAAGGUGUCAUCAAUGACUGGCGCAGAUUUAAGCAGCUGGAGACAGAACAGAGAGAAGAGCAGUGUAGAGAAAUGGAAAGGCUCAUCAAGAAGUUGUCCAUGACUUGUAGGUCUCAUUUGGAUGAAGAGGAUGACAAACAGAAACAGAAAGAUCUUCAAGAGAAAAUCAAUGGGAAGAUGACUUUGAAGGAGUAUGGCAUGAUGAAUGAGGAGCAGGAUGAUGAAGAGUUUUUACAACAAUAUAGGAAGCAACGAAUGGAUGAGAUGAGGCAGCAGCUACAUAGUGGGCACCACCAGUUCAGGCAGGUAUUUGACAUCACCAGUGGGGAAGCAUUUUUGGACACAGUUGAUAAAGAACAGAAAAACACACUCAUAGUGAUUCACAUUUAUGAAGAUGACAUCCCUGGGGCAGAAGCAAUGAAUGGCUGUAUGAUCUGCCUUGCUGCUGAGUACACCUCUGUCAAAUUCUGCAGAGUGAAGAGCUCCCUCAUUGGAGCCAGCUCCCGGUUCACCAAUAAUGCUCUUCCUGCAUUGCUGAUUUAUAAGGGAGGAGAAUUAAUUGGUAAUUUUGUCCGAGUCACUGACCAGCUUGGAGAAGAUUUCUUUGCUGUAGACCUGGAAGCAUUUUUACAAGAGUGUGGUUUGCUCCCAGAAAAAGAAAUGGUUCUGCUGACAUCAAUCCAUAACCCAGCUGCAGGUUUCAGUGAGGAUAGUGAUCUGGAAAUAGAUUGAAGUGGUAGGAAGAGGGACUACUAGUGUAGGGGUGAAUAAGUACAAGUAGGGGGCUUGUCUUCUGAGGCACAUGGCUAUAUGCUUAUUUUUGUUCCUUCCUGUGCACUUUGGCUUUUUGCCUAUUCUUUGUAAACUCCUUUAUUAUAUGUAAAAUUAAAGGUUCUUAACAUUUCUUAGAUUAAAUCAAUAAAAU